AUGCUCCUUAAUGCGAAUGCAGAGAACCCAAACCGUUUUAGUGUAGGUCGAGGGACACGAGCAGUGUUCCAGUUCUAUCCCGAGAAUGAGCACCAGUCCGCUUUGAUUAUGUCUCAAGCGACAAAAGCAGGCUUCAAUGGAGGACUUGUAGUCGAUUAUCCGAACAGCAUCAAAGCAAAGAAAGUUUAUCUCGUCUUGAUGACUGGAGGUAUCGCUCAACUGCCUAAGGCACUUACUGGUGGAGAAGAGCUAAUGCAAAAUCGUAGCCAUGUUGAGAACACUGGAAGGACAUUUUCAAUGUCUCGCAAAGGUGAGAAGAAGCCUUCAAAAGGCACCAAAGAGUGGAUUCAAAAAAAGAGGGAACGCAUGCUCAAACAGGGAAGGUAAGC